GCAGCCGCUGUCAAAGUCUAUUUCAGAUGUUUACUUCCUGGAUGUGGACUUGAGCUCAGUCAGUAAUGUUGAGCUGUUCAGUUUGAAUUGGAGGAUCGUUUGCUUGUCGUAACAAUUUAAUAACUCAGUCUUUGAGCCUGCAAUCUGUCAUUAAAAUGGCUAUCGACUGGCUUGGAUUUGGUUAUGCUGGAGCCAUCAUUAUGGGAGGCCUUAUUGGAUACAAGAGGAAAGGUAGCGUGAUGUCAUUGAUAGCCGGGCUUUUAUUUGGCUGUAUCUCAGCCUAUGGGGCUUACAGGGUAUCAAAUGAACCGAGAGAAGUUGCAGUUUCACUGUUUGCUUCAGGUUCUCUUGCACUGGUGAUGGGAAUAAGAUUUAAGAAAUCUGGGAAGUUGAUGCCGGCUGGUUUCAUGGCUGGGAUGAGUCUCUUGAUGGUGCUACGGCUUCUUCUCAUGACACUGGGAUAAGCUCACACAACCGCAGUGUCCAGAAGUGUGUGUCAGCAAUACAGGCAAAGACAAAUUGUAGUGUGUGAUUUUAAUCAAUGUUCUACAGCUUCAUUCCACCACCAUCUUUGUAACCAACAGUUUGCAUUCCGAAUAAAGUAACCGUUAUUUUUAUUAA